AUGAGUGGAUGUGGAAAAUCCGGCGGCGAAGUUCGGUCCAAGGCCAAGUCUCGCUCGUCCUGUGCCGGACUUCAGUUCCCGGUCGGCCGUGUUCACAGGCUUCUGAGAAAGGGUAACUAUGCUGAGCGGGUGGGUGCCGGAGCCUUGGUCUAUCUGGCUGCUGUGCUCGAGUAUCUGAUGGCUGAAAUCCUUAAGCUGGCCGGCAACGCAGCCCAGGACAACAAAAAGACCCGCAUCAUCCCCAGGCAUCUGCAGCUGGCCAUCCAUAACGACGAGGAGCUCAACAAGCUGCUGGGAGGGGUGACCAUCACUCAGGGCGGGGUGCUGCCCAACAACCAGGCCGUGCUGUUGCCCAAGAAAACCGAGAGGGCAGAAAAAGGUGAAGUCAAGAUGCGUUUUAGGAUGACUGGACGUGGAAAAACCGGUGGUAAAGCUCGGUCCAAAGCCAAAUCUCGCUCGUCCCGGGCAGGAUUGCAGUUCCCGGUGGGCCGUGUUCACAGGCUCUUGAGAAAGGGUAACUAUGCUGAGCGGGUGGGUGCCGGAGCCCCGGUCUAUCUGGCUGCUGUGCUCGAGUAUCUGACGGCUGAAAUCCUUGAGCUGGCCGGCAACGCGGCCCGGGACAACAAAAAGACCCGCAUCAUCCCCAGGCAUCUGCAGCUGGCCGUCCGCAACGACGAGGAGCUCAACAAACUGCUGGGAGGGGUGACCAUCGCUCAGGGCGGGGUGCUGCCCAACAUCCAGGCCGUGCUGUUGCCCAAGAAAACCGGCGGAGCCAGCAAGUGAAGAGACAGAAUUUGACCCAGUGAC